UCUACACGUGGUAAGUAGACUGAACCACUCCGUGUCGAAGUUCAACCGGACGCCUCGGGUUCUACCAAUCAAAGCAACGGAGACUGUCGACCAAUAGAAAAUGCUAUUUUAAAUUGCAUCCACAACUACCGUUGCCAGGUGUUCCAUUGUAAACAACGUGGAGUUGACAGUCUUCAAUCAUUAUUUCCAACAAGAACUGUGAGAGUAAACCAGAAAAUAAGGUGUGUACCGCAAAUUGUACUCAUGGCUAAGCUGGUUCGUCCCCCUCCUCGUUUUAACCACGAAGAGUGGACUCGAUCAAACCUCACUAAAUAUGCAAACGCCGAUGUUGAGCGACAGUCAGCAGAACGACUGGUGGAGGAAUCCAAGCGCCUUUCAGAUGAAACUCAAAAGCGUUCAGAGAGGUCACAAGCUGAUGUGCACAAAAAGCUGCAGCAACGUCUAGAUGACAUCAGAUAUUGGAAGAAAGAACUGGACGACAAAUUAGAUAGGCUUGUAACAGAGAUUGAUAGUCUGAUUGCAUAUAAAACACGUGUUGAGAAAGCUCUUCAAGCAAGUGAAGAACCACUGCACAUUGCAAAACAGUGUUUAGCCAACAGGGAAAGGAGAACAUCCAUAGACCUAGUGCAUGAUGAUGUGCAGAAGGAGUUGUUGAAAGAAGUGGAGACCCUUGAAGGUGUGCAGGCUCUUCUGCAGCGUACCUUGGAUGAAGCCACAGAGCAACUUAGAUUAAACAGGAAGGCCAAGUAUCUGAUUGAAAAAGACCUCAAAGACAAGUUUCAUGCUCAAGAUAUUGAUGAAUACUGUGAGCAUCUUCGCAAUAACUCAGCUGAAAUUCAUUACAAGGAUGGAGCUGUUAAGAUUGAAACCAAUUCCACGUCGCCAGAGGAAUGGAAGGAUUUCUCCAAUGCCAAUAUCGAGAAUGCCGAGCGUGAACGUAUGAACUCCACUAACCUACGCUCCGCCAUUGAUGGAAUUCUGCAGCAGACGACCAACGACAUACGUAAACAGACGGACGCCACCAACUUGGCUUUUGCCAAGCGAAUCGCUGAGACCAAGGACACCAAAGGAAAGCUGGAAGACCAUCUGAACAAGGUGCUUGCACAAAUAAUAGAAAACGAGGAGAAUGUAGCCCGGUUACGGAAGGCCAUCGCUGACAAGCAGCCUCCACUGAUGCUGGCCGAGACUCGCCUGGACACGCGCAAAAACCGUCCCAACGUCGAGCUGUGUCGCGACCCGGUGCAAUAUCGUCUUAUUGAGGAGGUGACAGAGCUAGAGUGUUCGAUCGCUCAACUAAAGCAACGGUUGGCGGACACACUGGACUCACUGAAGGGCCUGGCCCGCAACCAGCUGAGUCUAGAAGACGACAUCAAGGUGAAGACCAACACGCUCUUCAUCGACGACGUGGAGUGUAUGGGGAUGCGCAAGAGCUUGAACAUCCAGUACUUCUGAACAGCGCUGACAGAAGAUACAAAAUAUAGAGCCGAACCAGGGUUAACAUUAUUAUGGCCUGUCUAAUAGAACUGCGUAAAAACAAAGAAUGCUUCUUCAUUAACUCUCAAAUUAAUUUGUGGGGAAAAACGCUACAAAAGCUGGAAAUGGGAUUUUGAUACUCACAGUGACGGACAUGAACAAAAGCUUUUUUUGUGUGAGCAGGUGUAAGAUCCGAACUAUUUGAGAGUGGUAUUCAAGCAAUUUAAUCAGUUUUGUUUUCGUUACAUACCUCUACUUUUAUAUCUGUUUAUAUCUAUCAGAACUUGCAGUCAUCGUCAUUUGAGAAAGUGGGUACCUUUUUUUUUAAUACGAUUAAAAAUUCUCACCCUCUUUUAGGACGCAUUUUUACAAUACCUUGGGGUAACGGAUAAUAGCGAAGUUGAUGUGAAAUUGCUUUUACUGCAAAAUAUUGUUCACUCAUACUUUCAAAAGAAUUAAAAGCUGCGGUGAACAACACGC